GCGAACCGCCCCAAUGUCUGCUCCAUCUAUUUCCGUCCAACUCUCCAUCCAUCCUCCGCGCUUUACUCCGGGCUCACAACCGCCCCCAUCCCUCUCCAUCACAGCAACCUCCCAUGCAACCCAGCCGAUCACAAUCUUCACAUGGCCCGAAAUAUUCAAUCUCGCCUUAGCCCAGCGCCGUAAGAACUUUACCUGUCUGAACCUAACAACCAACACUGCCAUUCGGUUGGAAACCACCAAAGGCCCCAAGCGCACGGCGUUCAGCCAGGCAUCUGGUGGCCGUGAUGACAAGGCCUUUGUGACUCUCGAGCCGGAGAUACCAGUCACAUUUACUGACAGUUUCAAGCUUGGCAUCGCCCAGGGAGAGCGAUGUCGGGUUGAGCCUGGCCAUCGAUACCGAUUUGGUGUUAAUGAGGGAGAGGAAAUCUGGUGGUGGCAGUAUGGGAGGAAGGAGGAUGUCAUGAAGUCUCCUGAUUCGGCGGGAAUGGAUGAGCCCAGUGGUCUGCCUAUUGCUUUGGAUAAUGUUGCUCCGGUCGAGUUUGAGGUCGAGGGAUCUGAGUAGUUGAUGAAAUCAUCUACUAGAAGUAAUUGGUUAUCGCAAGUAUCAAAUGUCAAUAUAAAUUCUGC